AGGGAGGGAAAAGAAGAUAAGGCUUAUUGUCUAGAGAUAAUCGAACCUUAAAGCCUAAUUAUGCUAUCACUCGAACAGAAUGACCUUAUCUUUCGACACUUGUUUCUGGAUACCUACGUUUUGAUCGUCAUAGCUUUAUUUUUCUUUAAUUAAAUCGAUCAAUUUAAAACACUUACGCAAUAAAACAGAAACUCUCCUUUCUGUUUGAAAAACCUGUUGCAUGUUGAGUAAUUCUCCCCGAACUGACCGUAGGGGUUCCUAAGAAAUCAAUCGCUCUUAAGAUAGCAGAAAUGACGUAACUUUUUGACGUUUCUUAGACCGAGUUUGGUCUUAUGUAAAUUAUUACAGUACAUUGUUAAAGGGGAUAAACAAAAAUUAUAGAUUAUGGAACACGAUAAGUACUAUAAAUGGCGAUGACUCGCGUGGGCUCUAGUCGGCUAUAUAAGAAACAGGUUUUCUUAAUGACUCCAUCAGUAUGUUCUUUUGUAUUUUACUUGAUUCUUCGACCAAGAGUUUGUCAAUUUGUUACGAUAGUUGAAAACAACGAGCACGAAAAGCGGCGGUUGUAGAAGUAGAAAAACAUUACUUUCUGCUUUCUCGGUUCGGCCGAACCGUACGAUCCAAUUUCAGUCUGUCCAUCGGUCCUCGAGUGUCAGUACGCGCGAUUAAAUAAUCUCGGGCGGUUCUGUGCAUCGUUCUGUGUACCAAUUACAUCUGAGAAACUCGAACAAUUGUAAGAAGUGGCACCUGAAAAGAAGAAAAACCUACGUCUCGAUGUAUAUUUUCUACCAUACCGUUCUCAAGUAUCUCGUGAAUUUAAAAGAAUAAAAAGGCUUGGAAACUUUCGUCCUCAUAAAUCCGUAAUAGCAUGUUCUUGUAAUUUAUUAUAAUACGAUGUUCUGUAUUCGAUCGAAUCAAACAAAAUUAAGAAAUUUCUAAAGGAAGCGAGGAUCUUUUUACACGUUUCUACGAUUGUAACUAUACAGAGAAGAUACAUAAACAGACAUGCCAUGACGAGAAAAAGGAGAAGUAUCGAAUCGGAAGUUGGAACGCGCGGUUGGUCGAAGAAUUCAUGGACGUCGACCAACCUCAUCAAACAAUCCAACAGCUAUGCCUACGUCUCUCCGACUCAUUCUUUCGGUUACAGCUGGGACACCCCUAAUUCCAAGUACUACCAUGGCUGUUUCGGUCAAAAGUUACCUAAAGUGCGUGACACAUCUGGCACAGGCAUGGCGAACAUGAUGCCGUGGCUGCUGUCGAUGUGCCUGCUCGGUCUCCAGGAGAUCGCGAUCCAGCCUGCAAGCAACGCGCUUUCACGCGAUCUUGGAACCAUCAGCCAAAGAAGCGUGCCUUCGGGCUUUCGCUCGUCUUUAAGGAACUACAAAACCCUGAUAUCGAGCCACGAUGAACUUCCUGGCCACAUAAACUGUGACUCACCAAAACUCGAAGAGAAUUCGCUGGAGAGAUCGACCACAACUCCAGAAUACAACAAUCAUCUUUAUGGUUCGACGCCGGACUCGAGGGAAUAUUUCUCGAAAUCUUUCGAGAAAAGGCUUCGUUCCAGACUACCGGAAAGAAACCUACUUAGGACGGAUCCACAUUCGGUGAAUCAACUGGAAUCUCAUGGAUUUAAUUACGAUUCUGGACGAGGGCAAAUCGAAGACGAUUAUGUUGGACCUGCUAUGGAAUUGGUUUACGCGUGGUCCACGAUUGACUAUACUUACGACAGCGUCGAGGCUCGAGAUUCGGCUAUUUACGACGGAGAUUUCAUCGCGGAGAAUAACCUACCGCUGGGACUGGAAAUUUGGAGAGACAAGGUUUUCAUUACUCUUCCAAAGUGGAAAGACGGUAUUCCGGUUACGUUGGCUACCGUGCCAAAACCUUCCAAGACGAAAAGUCCCAAAUUGAGACCUUAUCCAGACUGGGGAUGGCAUCGACCAGGUAACUGCGAUGGACUGACUUCCGUCUUUAGAGUGCAAGUGGACGAAUGCGACCGUUUGUGGGUCCUAGACUCGGGCAAAGUAGAUAUCGCGAAAGGAGGCAAAUCAGCCUGUCCUCCAGCCAUCUUCAUCUUCGACCUAACGACAGAUACCCUUCUCAGAAAAUACAUUAUACCGAGUGACCAAGUAAAGGAAGAUUCGUUGUACUCGAACAUCGUGGUGGACAUCAGAAACGAGAAUUGUGAUUUGGCGGUAGCUUACGCUUCGGACGUGUUCCGCUAUGGAUUAUUGGUCUACGACUUCUUCAAGGAUUCCUCUUUCAGAAUCCAGCAUCACUUCUUCUAUCCUGAUCCUUUGGCCGCCAAAUACGAACUCCAUGGUAUAAAAUUCCAAUGGACGGAUGGAAUUUUCGGGAUAGCGCUGAGUCCAGUGGAUAUCCACGACGAUAGAACCUUGUUCUUCCAUCCUAUGUCCAGUUUUCGGGAAUUCGCCGUUUCGACGUCUAUUCUCGCUGAUAAAAAGACAGCCGAAGAGAAUACGGAACUUUUUAUGCCGAUUGGUAGACCUAGAGCCAAAGACUACGGUCAUUCUUCCGGUUCCGUGAUCGAUAGGAACGGAGUGAUGUUCUUCAAUAUGGUGACCAGAGACUCUGUUUGGUGUUGGGACACCAGGAAGGAAUAUAUUCCACAAAAUCUUGGAGUUAUAGGGACUAGUAAUUUGUCCUUGGUCUUCCCCAAUGACAUCAAGGUUGAUCAUGAAUACGAUCAGAAUAUUUGGCUCAUUUCGAAUAAGUUGGCUAUGUACCUUUAUGGAAGUAUCGAUAGUAGCAAGAUUAACUAUAGAGUGUUCAAGGCUAAUGUUAAGCAGGCUAUCAAGGACACCGUCUGCGAUCCUAAUUACGUCGUGCCUGGCUCUGAGCACGGUUACGACGAGAUUUGUUGAAGAUCCUUCGCGUUUUGUUAAGAGAUUUGAGGUAUACGUGGUGGGCAAGAAUUUGUUAAAAAAUUGGAAUAUUUGUGAAUGAAAAUAUAUGUUGGGGAUAAGGGAACCGGGGCAGUCGUUCCUGUUAUCUCAGGAAGACAAAUGUGAAUAGACGUUACGCCGCGACAUGUUGAGAAUAGAGAAAACAACUACCUCGAAUUCGUCUUCACUGGAAAUAACGGAGAAGCUUUGUAUUUUUUAAUAUUUUAAGCGCGAUAAAAUCUCUAAGCAAAUACAUUGGGUGAUCACUUUGAUCACAAUGUUUUAAUUCCAUUCGUAUAUGGUAUUGAAGAUGAGGUAACGAAUAAAUGUACACACCGAGAGAUCGUGCGACCAGGAGAAAGCGUAUCGUUAAAUAAAUGUAGCAUUAAAAUAUUCUUAUGAGAAGAAAGAUUUUCCCAUGUUUCCUCGUUAGAUGAAAUGUAAACUAUAGAUACUCAUUAUCAUUUUUGAUAUAAAUCAAGCAAGUUAUGGGGAAAGCCAGCAUUUAGAGUGGAUGAAAAUUUUCUCACAUACACUGCCAGUUUUUAUUCAUUGUACGUAUGCUACGCUUGCGUGUUUAGAAUAUAGUUAAGCAAUAAAAGUAACUUUGCUAAUUAA